AUGGGUACCGUUGUUUGCAGCCGAUGUUCUGACACAGGUGACUCCGUGCACAAACCAUGGACAACUUGGACCUGGGGGGCUACCGAGGACGUAGUGUUCAGCGAGGAGGAUCUGGUUGUUGCCCGGGCGGCCACGGCAACUGGCACGCUUUUGGAUCAGCUCCAAGGUAAGUGGGUUCGUCAGGAUGGCUUCUUCAUGGGCGUGCUCACGAACGGCCGCCUACGAUGGGGUGAAGCCUUCCGAGGUGACUCUCAGAGUCCACUGGAAGAGGCCGGGCCCAACAAGGUGCACCUCCGACUGGCCAAUGAGAUCCACGAAGGAAGUGUUUAUGUAGGCCGCCGCAUGAGCAUCCACUGGGCAGACGGUGAGAUCUGGUCCACAGGUGCUUGGUGUGCAGAGGCUGGAACCAAUUUUCCCGCGCGCCCCUCGCAGACCGGCACAAUGCAGGCUCAGAUGGGGCGCUUCCCAGGAUACGCUGGCUACGGCGGCGGCUAUGCUGACGGAUUUGGUGCUUAUGGCGGGAUGUACCCCCAGGCCAGCUCCACAUGGGCGCCGAACUUUGGAAAAGGAAAAGGUGAAGGCCGAGGUCGAGGCAGGGGAAAGGGCAAGGGAAAGGGCUACGGCUACAAAGGAGCCCGUGAUUGGGACGAGAGUGAUCCGCGUCGUCAGAUAGAGCUUGCGCAGCGUCGAGCUAAGCAGCGGGAUCAGUCGGCCAUCAGUCAGGCCCAGCGCUCGGCGCAGCUGCGUUUUGAGAAAGACCUGCUGGACAGGGUCCAGGGGAGGUGGAUUGACGAGGAAGAUCCAGGUGUGACCUAUGUCGUGGAGGGUGGUAUCUGUGCUGUCUCUGGCGGCGAGAACAUACGGACCUUCCGAAAUCGGUUGAGCGUCUAUGGUGGCGAGCUUUGCUGGGACGCAAGAAGAUUCUGGCACAACCUGAACUUCAGCGCUUUGCCUCCUCCGGAGGAGCAGGUGGACAGAGUUGAGUGGAACCCGGCGCAGGGAUCUCCACCAACAAAGCAGAUCAUUUGGGUUCGGGCCCCUGACAUUGAAGAGGCAGUUGGUGAGGGUGCGGAGGGCGACACCCCGGAGGCUUCCGGUGCCGACGGAAACGUCGGAGAAGCUGGCCAAGGCGAGGAGGCAUCGGAGGGAAUAGAUCGAAGUUGGCGAGCAUCACUUGCACAACUCGGCAUCGCAGUAGAUGAGGGAUUGGCCAGGUACGGCUUAAGUCUUGGCGUCGACUUGGAGAAUGAGAACUACAUGGAGCUAGUCCAGGAGGCAUGGAACGCGCCGCUGCCAGCGAGUUGGACGGAGUACAUGGACGAGUCGGGACGUGCGUACUAUGUGAAAGAAGGAGCAAGCAGCUCGACAUGGGAGCACCCAGCAGACCAGAUCUACCGCAACCUCAUCGAUUUAAUCCGAAAGGCCCGCGUUGAGGCCAUGCCGCGCAGGCAGGAGAUGGUUCGGGAACACCUGCGCGAGAGGCACGAGGCUGCCAAGGCCGACCUUGCAGGCUGGAGUGGACCAUAUGUGUCUGACCAGGGUGAGUACUACUACCACGACAGCUUGAAGGUCAGCGCCUGGAACAGUCCCAUUGCGGAGUGGGAGCACGAGCUGGAAACGCGCCACGCCGUACUGGAGAGGUACCUUUUGUCGGAGCUGCAGGAGGGCAGAGUGCUGUUGCUUUGGACCUUUCUCGUAGCAGCAAGAUGCCUUUUCGAGGUGCUGAGACUGGAGCUGGGCAACUUGCGGAAG